UUUGGCAAUUGUAGCGAAUCAGGAAAUACUACCAGUAUGGACCCGACCCUGAAGAAAACAUAUAGGAGGCAAAGAUUUCACAGUAAAUGGUUCUGUGAUGCUGCACUUGGUACAUGGGUACAACCAGUGGAUCAAGAUUUUUAUAAAGCUAAGUGCAUCGUGUGCCGUACAAUUCUUGUGGCUGGAAGAAGCCAGUUAUUGAAACAUAGCAAUACUACCCUACACAAAGAAAAUAUGAUUAAAGCCCAAGAAGAAGGGAAACUACAGGAAUUGAAAACAUUAGAUGAUUUGCCUAUUUCUAAAUUUCAAAAAGAUGUCAAAUCAUAUGCUUCAGUGGUGAAGAAACGGCUAAAAAGUUUGAGUCUUGUAUCAGAGACAAAUGUGGAACGUGUGAUCACUAUAUUAUGUAAGAAAAUUGAUGAACUCGAGCAAGAACUAGCAAAAGAUAGGAUUGGUCCACCUACGGGAAUUGAAUUUGAAAAUGUUGAUAAAAAUGUUUCUACGAAAGAAACAACGAAUGUUGAACCAGAAUCUCACAGCUAUCUUGUACAUAAUGAUUGGGUAUCCGCUUUUGCAGUUUGCGAAAAAUGGAUAGUAACUGCUUGUGAUGAUAAUACAUUGCAUAUUUGGACAUAUAAAGGAACACAUUAUCUCAAAACUCCUGGAUUGCACACGGCGCUCAUAACGGCUCUAGCGUGGAUAUCGCGGACUAAAAACGCUGCUAGUUUUGUUAGUACGUCGAUGGACGAAACGGCUAGGAUAUGGUCCUGGAAUAUCACGGAGAAUUCUGUGGAGUGUAUACUUGUAUGCAGAGGACACAAAUAUGGACUUGAAACGGUCAGCGUUAAUUACAACAAGACUAUUAUGGCUACAGCAGGACAGGAUCGCACGGUAAAACUUUGGUCUACAUCCAGUCAAAAUGAAAACGAAGACGGCGAAUCUACAUCGGGACGUGAAACAAGAGUACCCAAAAGAACAAUGGAAGGUCAUGAAGACAUUAUCAGCAGUUUAGUGUGGUCGGACGAUACUGAAAUUAUAACGUGCUCGCGUGACCACAGGAUAAUAAUAUGGGAUACGGAAUUAGGUGAAAUUAAACACGAGCUUAUUGGUCACGACAGGUUUUUUGACAUAGAUUAUUCACCUUUAUGUCGCUUUGUAAUAACAGCAUCGUACGGCAGGCACAUUAGAUUGUACGACCCGAGAUACACAGAGGGCACACUUUUAAAAACAUUAUUCACUUCUCCUUCUCAGACGCAACGAGUUCUGUCUGUUAGGUGGUCACCCGUGAAUGAGUAUUUAUUUAUUUCAGCAGGUGAUAGCAUGCAAGUUUGGGACACCAGAAACACGAAAGCACCAUUAUUUGACCUAUUCGGAAACGAAUCCUCAUUGUCAUACUGCGAUUGGUUGAAUCCAAAAUAUAUGGUAUUUGGAGGCAAAGAGAAAGUCGUAAGAAUAUUUCAAUCAAAACAAGUUCAUUGUUAACGACAAAUUAACAACGCAAAUCAGAGGGAAUAAAAGUUUCUAUUACUUUGAUGUAUUUAAUGUAAUCGUUUAAAUAAAAUAAAGCUCAAUAUUUUGUUACAAUAUAAUUUACUGAAUGUAUGGUGCAAUCGCUAAAAGAAUAAGAUAAAAACAAACGACUACUCAUGCUCAUGGUUACAUCGACGUAUUUUAAAUAAACGCGAAUACCAAAAGUUACGUGUAAAUACAGUCACUGAUUUUUGUACGAGAUUAAAGUUUUCUUAUGCA